CAGGUUAAAAAACUUAGACCAUCGAGCAGUUUCGGGACUAGAUCGCCCAGGCAACUAGACACACUAGAUCUAAACCAUUUUUAAGAACAUUUCCAGUAGAUACUCUCGUAGCGCGGCGAAUUCGCAGUGCCAAAGAAGUGCACGCACCCUCCCGCCUCACCCUCGCCUUGGAGCUGCUUUGUCUGGCAAAAAAAAUUGCCCGUAGCAUGCGAUUUAUAGCCGUACCGUCCUCCCACCCUUCCUGUCGCGACCAGCCCUCCUGCUGCUUGCGCGGGCCGCUGUCCGUGCUGCCCGCUGCUCGCACUGCUCGCGCUCGCACUGCCCGUUGCCGCUGGCUGCUGUCCCCUGCUCGUGCUGCCCGCUGCUCGCGCUGCCCACUGUCCGCUGCUCGCCGCCCGCUACGCGCCGCCCGCUGCUAGCCGCCCGCUGCGCGCCGCACGCUGCUCGCCGUCUGCUGCCUGCCGCCCGCUGUUCGCCGCCCGCUGCUCGCCCGCUACCCGCCUGCUGCCCGCUUGCUCGCGCGCAGAGAGGACCAUAGGGGGAAAGAUAGACGACCUUUGCCCCUGCACUCAUGCUCGUCCCCAUCACCCAUGCCUUUCCCUCGUUAUCGGCGUCCUCCCUCAACCAACCACCCUCCUUUCCCGCAGGAUCUGGCAGCCUUCCGAGAGAAAGGCAGAGAGAGUGAGGGCGAGUUUUGUGCCCUUCCGUGCCCCUCUCAUUGCCCUCAAUCCCAGCGUCUUCCCCUCUCUUCCUCUCCGCUUCCCCCUCUCUUCCUCUCUGCUUCCCCCUCUCUUCCUCUCCAUUUCCCCCUCUCUUCCUCUCUGCUUCGCCCUCUCUUCCUCUCCGCUCCCCCCUCUCUCAUCUCCCCCUUCUCCUCCCCCCCUAUCCUCCUUUUCCCCCUCCCUCUCUCCCUAUUUCAUUUCUCCCUCCUGCUCCCAUUGUCUCCCCCUAAUUUCAUUGCUCCCCCUCCCAUUGUCUCCCCCUGCUUUCAUUGCUCCCCCUCCUAUUCUCUCUCCCCUGCUUUCAUUGCUUCCCCUCCCAUUCUCUCCCCUCACUUUCAUUUCUCCCCCUCCCAGUCCCUUCCCCUGCUUUCAUUGCCCCCCCUCCCAUUGUCUCCCCCUGCUUUCAUUGCUCUCCCUCCCAUUCUCCCCCUGCUUUCAUUGCUCCCCCUCCCAUUGUCUCCCCCUGCUUUCAUUGCUCCCCCUCCCAUUCUCUCCCUUUGCUUUCAUUGCACCCCCUCCCAUUCUCUCCCCCUUCUUUCAUUGCUCCCCCUCCCAUUCCCUCCCCCUGCUUUCAUUGCUCCCCCUCCCAUUCUCCCCCUGCUUUCAUUGCUCCCCCUCCCAUUCUCUCCCCCUGAUUUCAUUGCUCCCCCUCCCAUUCCCUCCCCCUGCUUUCAUUGCUCCAACUCCCAUUCUCUCCCCCUGCUUUCAUUGCUCCCCCUCCCAGUCCCUCCCCCUGCUUUCAUUGCUCCCCAUCCCAUUUUCUCCCCCUGCUUUCAUUGCUCCCCCUCCCAUUCUCCCCCUGCUUUCAUUGCUCCCCCUCCCAUUGGCUCCCCCUGCUUUCAUUGCUCCCCCUCCCAUUCUCCCCCUGCUUUCAUUGCUCCCCCUCCCAUUCUCUCCCCCUUCUUUCAUUGCUCCCCCUCCCAUUCCCUCCCCCUGCUUUCAUUGCUCCCCCUCCCAUUCUCCCCCUGCUUUCAUUGCUCCCCCUCCCUUUCUCCCACAGUUCUUUCAUUUCUCCCCCCUCGCCGUGUAAUAUUCGUAGCACAAUCUAUUUUAGCAUAGCGCGCUCCCUUGUGUUCUUACCACAUAUUUUGGCGCUGGGUGUGCUGGUGUGGGUUGGGCGACGUCACAUAGUGCCAAUUCGUCGCCUGGGAGGGCUGGCGACAUUGCUCAUGCCGGGCGAGGUGGGGCUUUGUUCGAGAGGCCUUCAUUGCCCCUCGUGUCCAACCCACUUCCUUUGCUGCGUUUCGUGAGUGUCGCGGAUUUUGCCCAACUCCCCUCUCAAAACCUAAGUUUUUGACUUCGGGGGUUUUGGGAUCUGUGCUUUAACCCAAGAAAUUGGGUGACGUUGGAGGAAAUAUUCACUUCAAAAAUCGUUUGGAUUCUUCCUCCAUGCGCGCCAGAAGACUGUUGCAUGAGUCGGUGUACAGUAAGUCAUCCACGUAGGCGACUAGAAGAAUGUAAUGCCCUUGAAAUUUGAGUCUGUACAUUCUAGGAUCGUGGGGCAGCUGUACGAAUUCGAGUGAAAUCAGCACUUUGUGAAGAUGCUGCUGCCACAGGCGAGGAGCAUGUUUGAUGCCGUAGACUGGUUUAAGUAACUUGCAGAUGUGGAGUCCGUCGCAGUUAGUAUGAGGGAGUUCGAAGAAAAUAUAUGCCUCGAAGUCUGCAUAUAAAUGUCAACUUAUACA